UUCCAUCAGGGCGGCUUCUUGUACCUGGCCGUGACGCAGCUGCGAGUAGAGCUUAAGCAGCAUGUUAAUACCGGCGUGCGCCGCGCGCUCGGAGGGCUGCUCGCUACACCUCGAUUCUAUCGAUGACGACAUGCUGCAGCUCGUGCUCUCCUUCGUGGACGAGCCGAGCGACUGGGCUCACGCCGCCGCAGCGUCCCGGUCGAUGCGAGAGGCGGCCAGCCUGUCCAACUGGCAGCGUCGCCUCCGGCUGCACUUUGGCGUCGACGUCGACCCAUCGGGGCUUGGCCUGCGGCCCGGCGACCACCCGCCGUUUAGCGAGUUCCGCGGGCUGUGGCGCGCCUACUACGACGGCGGGUGGACGCCGCUCCGCGUGGACCACCGGCUGCUGCGCCACCUCACCUGGCACGCGCUCAAACAGCAGCACGAGUUCGGCAAAGCGCCCGUCGCCCACAGGGUCGAGGUGUCGGACGGCGCGGCCGACUCGGACGACAGCGAGGGGGAGGAGGCGUGGCCGGCCGAGGCGCGGCGCGGUCUCCGCUCGGCGUGGCUGCUACAGGCGCGAGGGAGGGCGUCACGCCGGGACGCGGCGGCGUGCGCGCUGGACCCGCUCUGGCUGACGCAGAACGCGCCGGGCUCGAAGGCUGCCGCCGCAGUCUGCACGGGCGCAGUGUUGCUCGACUGCCAGGCCCCCUACCCCACAGUACCCGAACCCACCCUCCCCUACCCCACAGUAC